UUAUUCAUAAAUAACUGAGAUCAUGUAAGUGGUGUGGAAACGCUGCGGCGUCACUGAUGUUGCACAUAGCAGAGGCAACAGUCAUACGUGUAUUCGCGCAUUGUUGUCUGGCGGUCGGUGCGAGCUUAGGAAAGUUCACAGGCAUGUCGCAACCCAAGGCAGACCCUCUCUGUAGCCGAGCCGAGUCGGCAGUUGAGUCAAAUUGAACAUCUUGAUAUUUCUAAAUGCUCGAUAUGGUUGUGCUCUAUUGUACUGAUCCGAUUGACUGAAGAGCUCGGCUCUGGGACAGAGAUCCAGAACCAGACAGACACUUUACGCUAAAAUCGGAUGUUUAAAAAAAAAAAGAUUUUAGAUAAGUGCAUGAUGUUGGGCUUUACUGUAACUGUAAACAGUUUCAGCUUACUACAGUAGAAGUUUAAUUUUUGUUUACUGAUUUUUAACUAAAAUCAAAGUGACAGCAUGUUUAUUGCACUUUCCAAACCACUUUAAAUUUAACUGCUGAUGAAAUUGAAACUGUUAAAUGAAUGGAAAUAAGAUGUUCUUAUAACAUUAUGAUAAGUUUUACAGUCUCACUUUGUACAAAGUUGAAUGUGCACUUAAUGGUUUUGAUUAGAUGGUAAAUGGGCAUUGAAUGGCUUUGACACAGUAGAUGGUUUUAUUUUUGGCUUCUGAUUACGAUAAAUAAAUUUAGGCCUAUUUGGUCGUCAUGGAACAAAUUCACAUACUGGAAAAUGGCAGUGGGGGGAUUGUGAGGGACAGUGUCUUUAUGUCUCAGUAGUGUGUGAGCAAUAUCUUUCUUCGCUGUUUUUGAAAAUUCACUUUGAUUAAGAGUUAAACUUCAGAACAAGUCACAACAACCUGCAGCAAUAAGUUUAUAACAGCGUAGUGAAGAUAUUAUGUUGUUUUCAUCACUUAAACUGUUUAUUCAUUAUCUUUACUGUAAAGAAGUCAGUGAAAUCUGUGGCGACUCACAGGAGAAGUUAUUUUGCAGUUGCUAUCCUUGUCAGACACACUGGCAUUCAAAGUCCGAAUAACUCACAUGCACGCACACACACACACACACACACACUCAGUAAAUUCAGAGGAUCAAGGUCCAGUUGGAUUCUCUAGUGAAUGCACGGUUCACAUUAAGCAAAGUAGAUUACAACCCCUGUUUUUGUCAGUCUGCUCGUUAUAUUGCUGUCUUAUUUCCUUUAAACAAAAAGACUAACUCUGUGACAUUUACAUGCUCUCCGUGUCAUCUUUAAAUGUGCACUUCCUUCCUGCAACACAGUCACAGAAGAAAAAUGAGGUUUUGUCCCUCAUUUAAUUGUAAAUGUCACAAAGUGGGUGUAUUCAGUGUCCAGAAAUCACCUCACUGACUUUUUGAAGAGUGGACAUCAGAAAGUUGUUCUACAUGUUGGUGGGCCACUCAUGUUUUUCCUGUAAGGUUAAUGCUGCAAAGUUGGGCUUGUUUGUUAGUCUUGUGAAUUACAUCAUUUUCAAUUAUAUACUACUUUCAGUAAAAUAGCCUGUCUCACAGUCUAAUCACUUGAAAUGAGAUAUGAUACUGUACCUGAUUAGUGAAAAGAGGAGGACCAGUAACGCAAAAGACUAAUAAUUAUUGUUUAAUAGUUUCAUUUCCAUCGCCUGUUGCUUGUUGAGUUUUAUUUUCAUUUAAAUGGUGUGUGUAACUGUGUGUGUGUGCGUGCCUAUCUUACACUUUCACAUAGUGCUCCAAGACUUCUGCCUCUCUGGUCAAACCGGUUUGAAUUGCGUUCCUCUCUCAGCUACUAUUUAGCUGUUUUUUAACAGGAGUGUGACGUUUAGGAGAAGUUUAAGGGAAGUUUUAAUCUUUCCUCUCUUAUAUUGCACUCCCCAUUUUUUUUGUUCAACAUAUAUUAUAGCACAGCAUAAGUUACUCCAGAAACAGUGGAAUUUUUAGGGAAUGAUUUUAGUGUGAAAUUACUGAGAGUGUUUUCUGUAAAAAUGCAUGCAAACUUUUCAUACAUCCUUCCUUAAUUUAUGCAUAAGGUGUCCAACAAAGUGAACAUCUCCAGUGUUAGUGUGUACAGUAUAUGUGCAUGAUACAGUGCUUUGCAACAUUCAGUGCCUGUGGGGAAAUCUGUAAUGUGGGUUGUCUUGUUACUCUUGCUGACGUAAAAAAGCUUCUCAGAGUAUGUGCCGCCUCUUUGCUGCUCUCUGAGACUGAGAUCCACAGCUCUGCCUGCUCUGAAGUGUGUCAUCCACUCCAUCUAUCCUUCAUUUAUGAGAGACUUUUGUAAAAUUGCAGUUUUAUGCUGAUUGAUAGCUGCACUAGGCCUAUUAGUUGGGUGAUAUUUGCAUUGGAAAAUGCCUGCUCAUGGGUUCCACAAAAAAAAAAAAUGUUUUUAACACUGCACUGAUAAUUAGAAAAAUUGUUUUUGGAGCAAAAAAUCAGCAUAUUUGAAUAAUUUCUGAAGGAUCGUGUGACACUGAAGACUGGAGUAAUGGCUGCUGAAAAUUCACCUUUGCAUUACAGGAAUGAAUCAUAAAAUACAUUGAAAUAGAAAGCAGUUGUUUCAAAUUGUAAUAAUGUUUCACAAUAUUACUGUUUUACUGUAUUUUUGACAAAUAAAUUCAGCUUUGUUAAGAGAAUUCUUUCAAAUUCAAAAAAAUAUAUAAUGUGGCAGAAUUAUAUCAGCCAUUACUCACUCUUUUUACAUAUCGUUACUAGUUAUGACUCACAAUGGCCCAAAAAAGCUUCGACAAACGGACAUCUUAUCUGCUAAUUUGAAGAGCAUUAGUUGCAGAAUGAGUUUUCAUCAGCUCUCUUAAGACACUCUGAAAGUAAAGACAGACAGCCAAGUUUUACAUGGCUACACAGUGCAGACUUGCUUGUUACUGAUGUUUUCUUUUAUUACAAUUCAGUUUUGGUUUGGUUUUUUUGUUCUAAAAAACUGCAGUAAAGCAACAGCUGCAUAUCUGUCCUCUUUUAGUUGACUGUCUUUAGUGUAAGACUUUAUGGUAUAGUAAAGACCGUACAACAGGCACUGGUGAGGUACAGUACAGAUCCAGCAUGUGUCAGUUUUACAGACAUGUUAUUUUGUUAGUUUUUAAGAUGUCAGACGGUUGUCUGACCCCUGCAGCUUUCACUCGGUGCUGUGUGAGAAUGUGGCGUCUGGGCCUUCUCCAUCUGUCUGUCUCAAUUGCUCUGUUUACCGUCUCACACAUCUCUCUCUCCGUCUAUCCUUUCUCCCACAGCCUUCUCUCUGUCUUGCCUCUUUCCCUGUUUCUGUUAGUUUGUCUCACUUUCUUACUGUUUUGCUUGUUUGUUCAGCGUCAUUGAGCCUUCAUCAGGAGUUCCCAUAUAAAUGACACUCCAUCUUUGCACUGCAACAAAUUACAGCAAGUACAGAGCCCAGGUGGAGAGCAUGGUGAAACAUGUGCUGGAAAUGUUUCUGUACAAUAAGACUACAGAAAUGAGAGUUUCUCAGUUUCUCCCCUCUUCUAUCACCAUCGUCACUGAAGACCCCAUUAAAGCAAAAUUAGAGUUUUAUGAAAGUUACUCCUAAUCGUUGGCAAAAAUCACUUUUGUUUAAAAUAUACAGUCUUUCUCUUUUGGUGAAAAUAAACUAAAAAUAUUGAUGACUCAUCCUGAACUACAGAGAUUUUUGUCCAAUCAGAUCUGUAGAAUGAGAAUGCCCCUCCCCUUAAUUCCAAGUGCCACUGACCAGCAAGUAGCGAUGGAUGGAUGGAUGGAUAGAUAGAUAGAUAGAUUUUUAAAAAGAAGAAAAAAAGACUAUGGGCAAAAUAGCAUUAACCAGUAGCAUCAUCUGCUUCAUGACUGAUGUUGUCCUUUAUGUGUGUUUAUGUUCGUUAUAUCUGAUGCACCCAUUUGCCAUUAUGUUUUGCAACAUGCAUGUGACUUUGUCUACAUUCGUGCAUUUAUUUCUGCAGGUGUUUGAGAGCUAGAGACAGCGUGAGUGAGUGUGUAUGUGUGUGUUUGUGGGAAUCAGUACCCUCCGGAUCUGAAAUAGCACUGUGUGGAGGUGAAGGGGGAGGGGAGCUCUGAAGCACAGGCAUGGAAACGUGCAGAUCCUGUUACAGGAUCAUAAUAUCACUGAAAACUCUGCGCUCUGUGCUCCAUCCUCUCCGCUGCACUUGUUCGCCUGCUCAUGCCAUCCUUUCUGCCGCAUUCUCUCACUCCAUCUCCACCAGUACACCCAGUGCCGAAGCUCCAGCAUCACACCCGGUCCCUCAUGUGCCGUAUGUGUUGUGUGUAGGAUUGGAACAGAACGUACAGCCUGCUUAGCAGCCCUGACAUAUUUCCAGACUCUGCUCUGACAACUCAGUCAGAGCUCUCCUCCCGAAAGGCCUCUGCCUUAUUUUUUACGUUAAUUCCACCGUUAUCCGGUGCUGUGUCUGAGACACUUAGCUACUGGAUGGAGCCGUAACCAGCAUCCAAGUUGCGCUUCUGUAGGCGUCCUUUAAAGGUGGGCUUAUGCCAGCCAUUUUGUCAAACUCUAUAAAGCCCGUCUUGCACCAUAGACAUUUUUUGAUGCUGUGUUUUUUCCUCUCCUUGGAGAGUUUUCACUCAGGGUCAUUGCUCAGCGCUGGUGCAUUAGGGAGCAAAGAGACAGGUUGUCUGUUUAUGAAUGUCUCUUUGCGUGAGGGAACACUGUGUGCUGUCCCAGCACUUCUUACUGAGGAGAACUUGACUUUCCCCUCUUUUUACCUCCUCUCUGGCUCCUCCUGUUGUCUCCCUAUGGUUAAUAUAUCCAGGUCAGGAGCCAGUGUACAGGUUGCCCAGUCACUCUGGUUAAGGUAAGUUGCAACUGACAAGGAUAGAGAGUAAAAGAACCAAGAGAACCAAGAAGUGGUGAAGAUCUUCCCUCCUACAUUGUCUAUCUCUUUGGUUGUGUCUCAUCAUAGUUCUCAGUUCCACUAUAAUGUCACUUUAUCUUGAACACCUGUGCACUAGCAAGGGCCUUCAGCCCUUUAAACAUUGAGACACUGAUGAUUCUAUGAUUUGAUCACAAGAUUAAAAAAUAAUAGUUAAAUAAUAAAAAAAUUAUUAAUCAAAAGCCUCACUAAAUAACAUGCCAUUGUGUAUAUUUGUUAUAGCCACAACUGUUAUAAAAUAUGUGCUUGUCUAGAAAAAAGAUAAUGUACUUAAUGGAAUACAUAAAGCUUAUAUACACACACACACACAUACAAAAAUAAUAAAGUCACAAAAAAUGAUAAAUUAACAAAUAAAAAAGAAUUAAAUUAAAUAAAAAAAAUCCUGAAUAAUAAGCUGUUAGGGAUGUGCACGUGAGUGACAAAUCUGUACUGGUUUAUAUGAUGCUUUCUGAGAAUUUCUAGUUGCAUGUUUCAGUGCAAUGGAAUGAUUCUGACAAUGGAACUGGACUGGCCUAAAAACUCCCUGGCCAGUGUACUUCUGAGCUAGGGAGCAGAAGGAUACACACUUUGACCUUUCACGCUGAAGAUGAAAGUAAAAUAAUGGAGUGAAGCAGAAGCAGUCAGAGGCACAAUCAGAAGGAAUGCGUUGGGUGGGGCGGCAGUGGCAUUUGAGCGCUGCAGACAGUCGUAUCCACUCCUCAGCGUGAGUCACAAGGACGCGUUCAGCUGCCGUGGCAUUCCUCUGUGUGGAUUACUGUGGGAAACUUUAUUUGCUAGAGACUUUUUUGAACGCUUCAGACAAUGGCAUACAGUUCUAGGGCCACUCUGGGUGAGUUUGUAGCCACAACGAAAGACUAAACUGUUUGUGGUACUCCAUGAUUUUUGCCUGUUUUUUUUGCAGUUACAUUUUUGUCUGUCUCUUUGAAUCACUCAAAUCUGAACACAAAUUUGAUGUAACUUUUUAGUUGUUUAUUGAAAAAUGCUAUUUUUAUUAUUUGAGUCAUUCUUAGACUCAUUUUCUGUUACUCAUCCUUCCAAUAACCUCUCGAAAACAGCCUGAAAUUGCAUCCUCAACUUUUUGGCAAAACUCUAGUCUAACAUUUUUAUGGAUGUUACAAUUUUAAUUUUAAUAUCUUGACUAUCAUUUGUGUUCAUGUCUAUGUCACUGUUCUUUUAUUCAUUUAUUUAUUGGGUUAUUUUUCCAUUUCAAACCUGUUUUAGUGAUCAUCUCAUGGCUUAUAGUUUUAAAUAUCUCUCUACACAAAUGUCUCUUCUUUAAACUCAAUAAUUCACUCUGCCCCCCCCCUCAAAUUAACUGAACUGGACUGCAUAUGAUUGUAAAUCUUGUUUACUUGAUCAUAAACCCUCCAUCUUAUGAAUUAUUUGCGUGCUCUGCAUGUAAACGCCAUGCUUUGGAAUGCACAUCCAUCUCCGGCAGACGUAACCUGUUUUUCUCUCUAGCUAGUCGUUUAUUGUUUUAGAAUCAUCGUCUCAGAAGCAAUACAGUGAAAAGAGAAACAUUUCUUUCUUUAACUUUCCUCAGCCCCUCUUCUCCCCCAAACUCCCUCUCUCUCUCUCUCUCUCUCUCGCUCUCUUUGUCAACUCUUUGGGUGGAUUCCCAGCUGACUGUGUUUGUCAUGGUAACAGGCAGCAAGGCAACAGGCCCAGCCACUUGCACUUCCUGAGUGAGAAGAGCUGCCUGACAGAUCUGCGUCUGCGCAGAGUGUGUGUGUGUGUGUGUGUGUGUGUGUGUGUGUGUGCGCAGGCACGGCUAGGGUGCGUGAGGCUGUCAGCCUGCAUUUGGUUCAAGCACACUGCAAUGCUGCCUACUGCUACCGGGCUUCACUUUAUGCUAAUGAGGGGAGGCCUCAGGAACGGGCUUCCUUCUUUUUUUCUGUCUCUCUCACUCACUCACUCACUCCUUACUGCCUGUCUCUGUGCUUUCCAUGUGAGCUAGAGAGAAGACUGAUCUGUUGUUUUAAAUGACUCAUACAUGUUUUACUCGAUAAAUAACCCUCAUUCUUACCUUAAAGUUGGUGUGAAAUCAAAAUCGACUCUCUUUACUUUUUUAAUCCAUAUUCAUGGUCUGUGAAUGAUUCAUUGGCACUCUUUAUUCUAAAGGAAAAAAUAUCAGUCUUCAUAAUCUUUCAUGAAAAUGUAAUAACUUCUGAACUAGCUUUCUCUCUAGCUUACAUUACCAAGUCCUCUUAUGGACCAUAGUCAGGUAAACGCCAUAUUUACUGGUUGAAAUGUCUUAAAGGGACAGUCAGUAUUUUUUUUUUUUCCUUAUUAAAAAGUUUUACACGUAAUAAGUUAAUUUUUUAAAAAUGUUUGAAAUUAUAUACACACGAGGUCAGGACUUCAGUCAUAUCGGGAAAAUCUUUUGGUCAUCUUGUCACAUGAUCCUAUUCUGAAGGAUCGUGUGACAAUUUAGUUUUGUCAUCACAGGAAUAAAUUACAUUUUAAAAACUGUUAUAAUACAAAGCAGUAAUUUUGAUUUGUAAUAAUCUCAUUUCUAAUAAUAAUGCAUUCUUGUUAAUUAUCAGAGGCAUCAUCCAAAAACAUUGAAAAUAAUCUUACCGACCUCAAAUUUUUGAACGUUAAGGUAUGUUGCAUUAAACUAUUAAAAAGAGGUGAUAAAUGCCAUUUCAAACAUGCUAGAGUAUCACAGAAUUAAUAAAAUGUAUUAAUGUAGCGCAACUGGUAGAUUAUGGUGCAAUAAAUUCCAAGGUCUUGAGUUCAGUUCUGAAAAACACAUCCCGUACUGAUCGAAUAUAUGGUAUAAUUUGAAUACAGUGAAAGUCGCUUUGGAUAAAAGUGGCUAGCAAAUGAGUAAAUUAAAUUUAAAUGACUACUUCAAUACAUGAGAGAAACAUUUCAUCAAAGGAUCUUUUUCUAAAAUAGCUUCCACAUUUGACUCACGCUAAGUUGUAAGCUGAGUGAAAUGUUCCAGUGUAUAACUUAUAAAGUUUUUCAGUCCAUCUGUCAAUGGUGUCUCCAUAACCCCAACCCUUUUUCCUCUCUUCUUGCAGAGCAAUGGUGAAUUAGUGUACUGUAAUGUUACGGUGGCUCAUGUUAAAUCUCGUAGCAUGAACCUAGUGCACAGUAGAUGAGAACACAGCUGCCUAAGCUCAGCAUAGGUCACACACUCGCUCCUCCUCCUCUGUCCCCCUUUUCCACCGAACACUCAGCUGGAUCUUGUCUUCCAGCAGCCAGCAUGUGUUUAAGCAGGGAGUGAUCAGGGCUUUGCGCUCGUGUGACACAUUCUUACCGUGAGUACUUACUGAAAGUCUGACACACAUUUGCCUCCCUCCUCGCUGCAGCACGGCUCAGGAAGGAGUAGUCAGAGCUGUAUUCCUGUAAACGCUCCUGCAGUAGCAGCUCAUGCAGUACAGUUAUUUCCAGCAGUACGUCUUUCCCCGUAACUCGAGGGUGAAUUCUCAUGCUAGAUAUUGUUGUCGUUAAUGUCCUGUUCGAGAUGAUGUGAUUGCAUAAACAUUGUGCUUACAUGUGAGUGUCUUCCCAUAUUGUUACCUUAUCUGUUCUUAGCUUCAAGCCAUUUGUUUAUCAAGACAAUUUCUUGUAUUUUUAAGUCUGUUUGGUCAACUGGGUCAUAUACCAACUGUUGUAUUCAUCUAUUGGCUAUAUAGUUUCAAAGAUGUUUUUAUGUAAAUAGCCAUAAUAAAACACUAUUACAAGAGUUUUUUUGAUUAUCUCUUUUAAGCAUAAAAUUGGUGUUUUUGUGAAUCAUCAAAAUGUUGAGCCAAGAUUGGGUGAUGUUCUGGUCCUAUUUCCCCUGGCGCUUUCUGUACUUUCCUGUCACCUUCUUCACCAUGAUUUCAAAUAAAGGCAGAAAAGCCUAAAAAAAAUCUAUUUUAAAAAAAAGUUUUGUGUUAUUCUGUACAGUGUUAUCAUUUAAAAGUGAAAUGUGCAGUUUCUGUGAACUAACGGCAUCCGGCAGAAUAAGAAAAAUAAUCAAACAGGGGGGGUGUUUGGGGAACCUAACUGCUAUUAGUCAGAUAAACCACCUGCCCACCUCCGAACUCACCGCAUUGGUUGAGCCAGUGCUGCUAUGUUGGACUGGUUAGAAUUCUCAAACAAACAGAGCAAUGUUUUGCUAGAGUCACAGUGUUUAUAUGUUCAGCAGAUUUAAUGCUGCCAGGUAUUAAAAUUCUACAUAUGUGAAAUUUAUUACUAACUAUUAUUAACUACAAAUAUUUCAGCAAAAUGUAUAUUUUAGUCAGAGCGCUUCUAUUUCAUUGAGCUCCGUCUGUUUGGUGCGCAUGCGCGCGGCGGCGCUCGUUCUAAAUGAAGUCUGAAGUUUAGCGGAGAAUCGCAAAGCAAAAGCUCAUGCACUUCUGACAGCAAAAUGGAAAUAUUUUCAUGCUUUCUAGCAUUUACCGAUGGAGAAUAUACCUCUGCAAUAUAUAUGUUGGGUAAAGGGGCAAAGCGGAAACUAGAUGAGGAUGAAGAGGGGCUGGAAGGCAAAGCGUUGGCGGCAGGGGCUGGAGCGACGGCUGACGGGCUCUCGAAAGUCUCCUACACCCUGCAGAGGCAGACCAUCUUCAACAUGUCUCUGAUGAAGCUGUACAACCACCGGGCCCUCACCGAGCCCAGUUUGGAAAAGCGCGUGCUCAUCAACAAUAUGUUGAGGCGCAUCCAGGACGAACUGAAGCAGGAGGGCAACCUGCGGCCGCUCUUCUUCCCCCCUUCUCCUCCGCCCGACGACCCCGUGGAUGAAGGUUUCCGCGAGGCGCAGCCUGCCUUCAGCGUGUUGUCCAUGGUAGCUCCACAGCUGUCCCAGUCGCCGGCACUCUCCUCUCCAGUCCUUACAUCGCCUUCGUCAGGGCUGUCAAACCCAGCGCCUUUGGAGGCCUGCCUCACCCCAGCUUCGCUUUUAGAGGAGGACAGUGUCACGCUUUGCACAUCACCCUCUCCGCUGGCUCCUCCUCUUCCGCCAACUCUUCCCAGACUCCCCUCAUCUGUGGCCAGAGACAGCUUCUCUUCUGCCCUGGAUGAGAUUGAGGAGCUCUGUCCUUCACCCUUACCUACAGCUACAUCAGCGCCUGGUGCUACCUCCCCCUCGUCCCUUACAGUGUCCCUCCAAAUGCCGUUGUGUCCCCCCAGCUUAAACUCAGGGGCCUUGGACUCCAAAGACUGCAGUAAGCCCUGCAGCCCAAAGCUUGAAGGGCUGGUCCCGCUGCCUGAGGAACGCUCUGCGGUCCCUAACGCACCAGAGACUCUUCCUCCUAACAGCCUGGACAUGAGCACCUCACCCUCUGCCUCGUCCUCGGGCUUUCUGACAGACCUGGCCCUGGACGACAUCCUCUUUGCAGACAUUGACACCUCCAUGUACGACUUCGACCCCUGCACCUCGUCCUCGGGCACAGCCCCCUCGAAACUGGCGCCCAUGGUGACUGCGGACGAGCUCUUCAAGACUCUUUCGCCCUACAGCGGUGGCGCUCCUGCUGUCAGUUCAAACCAGCCUUUCAAAAUGGACCUCACCGAACUGGACCAUAUUAUGGAGGUGCUUGUGGGAUCAUGACCAGGUUUGGAAGGGAACUGGGGAAGAAAUGCAAAACCAAUCAAAGAGUUUUUAAAUAUGAACUGAGAACGAAAACUGAAGAAUCACUUUGUGAGAGUUUGGGGGCUUUUUGUAUAGUUUUGUGUUUGUUUUGUUUUUAAAAACAAAGGAAAUUGUCCAUUUUAAUGGUGAUGUUGCCCAGUACUACUUCUCAACACUGUGCAUGCACUGUGCUUGCCUUUCCCAAAAAUGAACAUGAAGAAAUCUUAUGGAACACACUUUGGCUUCUGGCAGAUCUGAGUGCCUUCAUCAUUUAUGACCACUUGCUAAAUUCCUGUUUGUUUGUCUUGUCUCAUUUUCCUCAUCAUCAUCACUUCUAAUCGAACAAGAUGUAUUAUCAGAGGAGUAGCAUCUCUCUUUCCUCUUCUCAGCAUACAGGUGCAAGAAUGUGCAACGGCAGCCUAUUUUCAUAUUUUACUUUCAUUUUCAUGAAGCACAAUGAGAGCAACUUGGUUAUUUUAUGUUAACGUUUUUUUUUCUAUUCAAAGCUGUUUUAUUACUUUUUAGUAAUAUUUAAAGAAGUCUGUUAAUAUGUGGUCAUUUAUUUAAUUUUUUUCGUCUGCUUCCAUUUUAACGUUUGUUAAAGGGAUAGUCCACCAUUUACUCACUCUCAUGUCUUUCCAAACCUAAAUAAGUUUCUUGAUAUUUUAAGAUAUUUUCUUUUUUUUUCUUUUAUGUCCAUAUAAUGAAAGUCAAUGGGGUCCAAUGUUGUUUUGCACCCUGUUUACCUUUUUUCUAAAAUAGCUUUUCAUGUUUCACAGAAGAAAUAAGGUUACACAGGUUUGGAACGACAUGGUGAGUAAAUGAUGAUAAGAUUUUAAUUUCAGGUGAACUAUCCCUUUAACAUUCAAUCAGUGAAACAUAUACAAUUUUGAAAUAUGCUUUACCGGAUUAUUUAUACAUGGAUGUGUGUAGUGGUCAGAUAUUUACAGUCAACCAAACAAAUUUCUUGUGAUCUGCCAUAACGGCUCAGAUUCCAUGUGUUUACAUCUCAGCUGGCAAUAAGUGAACAUUUGUUCUGAUGCACAUUGUUUUACAGAUACAUUACUUUGAUAAGCCAAUGCUAAAACCCCUUUAUGCUACAAAUAAUGUAUGCAAUCAAUGCUUUUCUGAUCAGUAAUAAGUAAACUGUCAACUUUUCUCAGCCAUUUCCUUUUUUUUAUCUGUGUCAAGGCAUUUGUCGUAACUUCUCUUUUUUUGGCCUUUGUUUUGGCUUUAUAUCAUCACUCAGUGAGUGGCUAGUUCAGUUUUAAUGCUACACUAAUGCACAACAAGAGGGUCUAUGCAUGUGUGUUCAUGCAAAAUGGGGAAAAAAAAAAACUGUACCGGGCAAGAAAGUUUAUGGUUGCUAUUUUUAACCAUUUCCAUCAUCAUCAUCUGUUUGCCAAACAUUUCUUUCAUAUUCAUCUCUCACCAGUACAAUGGUACAUUUCUGUUAACAUACUAAUGCAUGCAGGAUUAUAGCUCAUAAUUGUACAGAUGUCAGAUGAUUUUUGUAUGGUUUGGUCUUAUUUUAUCUUAUUUAUACCAUUGUUUGUUUGAGUUUUAUUAAUAGUAUCUGUUCAUGUUCCAAUCAGACUCUCUCUCUGUUGUCCUGCUGGGAUUUAGUGUCGUUUGGCCAGUAGAAAUGGUCGCAUUACAUUUAGGUGGAGUUUAGUUAUGCACCGGUAUGAUGAGAGAGUAUUCAGCAUGUAUGUGCAAUAGACAACACAGUGUAAACACUUGGCAUAAACCACUGAUGUUGAUCAGAUUAGGUUUGGAAGGAUUAUUUUAUGUGCACCUGACAUAAAAGGAAAGGGACCAUUUAUCUUAUCAGCUGUAUUAGUUUCACAUAGUGUUUGUCACACUAAACUAGCUUACAAUAAUAAUGUUAGCUAUACAUACCGACAAAAACUGUGCAUAAUAUGCCUUCCUGGUAAGAAUCGAUUAAAAAAUGUAGAGUGCAAUGUCAGAGAGGGAAGAAAGCAUUUAUUUUUAAAUGAAAUCUUAUUUAUCAUAUAAGUGUGACCAUUAAUAAUCUGGGAUUUGAACUUCCUGUCACAGAGACCUAAGACAGAGGUGACAUUUUAGAUUGUUACCACCCAGAGUUCAAAAGAGAGAUUGUCUGAGAUUUGAAAACAUGAGUGAAUGAGAGCCGAGCGGACAAAUCUAUGGAAUCAAAACUAUGAUUAAUAUGACUUAUAGGAAUUUUUUUGGAUUUGGAGUGUUUUUGUUUUGUUAUUUAUUUUUGUUUCCUGUGUAAAUAUAUUUAUUUUUGAUGUUAAGCUAACAUCCAGAUUGUAAUUUGUACAGAAUAUGAGAUAGGAAUGUAUUAUGCUUAUGGGAAUGUAUCACUGCUUAUUAAUUGGGGUGGAAGCCAUUUUUUCGUCUGGUUUAAUAAUGCAUUAUUUUGUGUCUGUUUAGUUUCUUGUAUUAUAAUUUGGGGUGGUGUUUGUGCUAGUCGUCUAGGUCAACACUCCCUGCCCCUAUUUAAUUAUAAGUAUUUAAUGUUUUAUAUAUUUCAGAUUGUGUGCAAGGGAAAGGUUUGUGAAGCAAUACUUUAUUCUCUACAAACUUCAGAAUUUCAAUCUUCCAAAGCCUAUUUCUGGGAAAAUCUUUUUGAUAACCCUCAAUGCCAAAUGUAAAAAAAAAGAAAGAAAAAAAAGAAAAGAAAGGCAGCAUGAUUUCUGAUGACAUUGGUUGUUGUUUUUUAGUGGUAUCUCACUGUCCCAUGGUUCAGACCACACAUUCGGGGAAGUUUAGCGUGGUUUCAGGAUAGUGACCACUGGGAUUAUAUAUAUAUAUAUAUAUAUAUAUAUGUGUGUGUGUGUGUGUGUGUGUGUGUGUGUGUAUGAGAAAGAGAGACAACGUGUGGUGGAGGGUCUAAACCCUUUUUCUG